AUCCACAAAUAUGUCACCAGCAGCUGAUAGUAGCGGAAGCAAAAGAGAUAGUGCACUUGCUAGAGUUUUAGGAUCAGCCUCGGCUGGAAUCUGUGAAAUUGGUGUUUUUCAUCCGGUCGAUACCAUUUCUAAAAGAUUAAUGUCCAACCAGGGGAAAAUUUCAUCAGCUGCCCAAUUGAACUCAGUGAUUUUCAGAGAACAUGCCGAUAAAGCUUUAUCUAAUAGAAUUUUUACGUUGUUCCCAGGAUUGGGAUACGCUGCUGCCUAUAAAAUUUUGCAAAGAGUUUACAAGUACGGAGGUCAACCGUUUGCCAAUGAAUUUUUAUCUUCCAACUUUAGAGAUUCUUACGAGCUGGUAUUUGGAAAGAAAAAUGGAAAGGCUUUGUUAUCUGCUACUGCUGGUUCUCUUAUUGGAAUUGGAGAAGUUGUAUUGUUACCAUUGGAUGUGUUAAAGAUCAAACGUCAAACAAACCCCGAAUCUUUUAAAGGUAGAGGUUUCUUAAAGAUCCUUCUGGAUGAAGGCUUUGGUUUAUACAGAGGAUGGGGUUGGACUGCUGCUAGAAACUGUCCUGGAUCAUUUGCAUUAUUUGGAGGUAAUUCAUUUGCCAAAGAAUACAUUUUUGGUUUAAGUGAUCACUCCAGAGCCACUUGGUUCCAGAACUUUGUGACCUCUAUUUUUGGUGCUUCAGCUUCAUUAAUUGUUUCAGCUCCAUUAGAUGUUAUCAAGACCAGAAUUCAAAACAAAAACUUCGACAACCCCGAAUCUGGUUUCACUAUUUUGAAGAACAUGGCCAAAAAUGAAGGCCUAAGCUCAUUCUUCAAAGGAUUAACACCAAAAUUGUUGACCACUGGUCCGAAAUUGGUAUUUUCUUUUGCGUUGGCACAAUCAUUAAUUCCAGCGUUUGACAAGUUGAUCAAUCAAACCUAGAAUUUACUUCUUUCUGUAUAUAGUAGACCUUUAAUUUUCUAGUCAAAUAAUCUUUUUCCCGCACCUGAGUAGUUAGUCAUCUUUGUGCGAAGAUCCCGACCCACAUGCUCAUUUAAAGUAACUCACGGAUAUUUCACUAGAAUAUACUGCUGUAAUGAAGUUACUAUAUUUCAUAUACGUGUUGAAGGUUAAUCUAUUUUCAGUGAUUGUGGAAAACACCCGAUCUCAAAGUUUGAACUUACAAUAUAUUCAAAGCUCUAUGUUUGAUGCUACAUCCUGCCAACCCACUGAUGAGGAAAUAGACAUAUCGUUUGUCAAUAAUGACACAGGUCUUACAGAUGAACCAUUUCCAGAGGAUGUUGACUACAUAGAGAUCAACAUAUGAAAGUAGUACAUCGAUGCUUAUGAGCACAAAGGUUGGUUAGGCAUUUUGAAUAUGGAGUAUGUUAAUAUGGGAUUAUAUAGACAUUAUGUAUAAAAUAGACAUUAUUGGGAUUUAAAGCUUCUUAUUUAAUGUAACGCAGGUCGACUAGCAUCUUCUUUAUCACAGAGAUGUAUUACUGUAUCUGUUGCACGCCAAAGCUGUCAAAGUACUCCAAUUUUUUUAGGCUCGCAACCUCUCGAACCCAUCUGCUUCUCCCUAUAAUCACAUCCAAUUCCUCUACUGUUGUCUUGUUUUCAAGUAGGCAUAAUCUAGUUACCAGUUCCACUUGCCUCUGUUUUCUAGAAAGCUUUUCGACUGCUCGUUCCCUUAAGCCCCCCGAAGUUCCAGCUAACGUCAGGGCAUUUUUGAGGAAUACUUUAGAGUUUUGAAGAAGUAUGCUUUGAUUCUUGAUAGCCUGUUCAUCGUUUAGUUGACAUCGUUGUAUGUCAAUAUCACUCCUGGCUAUAAGAACAUUACUCAAUUGGGAAACAAGAGUUCCUAGAUUGUCUCCACCGGAUUUUUGAAGAGCUUGCUUCUGUCCAUUCAUGAGCUCCUGGGCUUUCUUGAGAUUAUUGGUCAUGAUAGUUAGAGCCUGCCAGAAGGUUUUGAUCAUCUCUUGAUGAUUGCUUUCG